GCUGGGGCGAGGUUGUUGCCAUGGCGUACUCUGCGUUCCGGAAAGUGGCUUUGGCCUCUUGCUUAGUGUUAUGUUUGUCGCUGCUCCUGCCAAAGGUCUUCCGUUUGCGGGGCUGGAGGCAGCCAGAGCCCUCCACUGCCGUCCCGUCCACUCCGUCUGCCAUACUCGAGGGAAAAAGCAGUAGCCACUUUCCUCCAACAGCGCAUCCCCAGAUAUCUCCUGAAGUCAGACCACCUGCUCCCCAUUUUCCAAGAUCUCACCUUGCUGAGGCCAUUGCCAAAGCCAAGGGGGGAGGCGGAGGAGGAGGUGGGGGAGGCAGCAGUAGUGGGAGAGGUCUUGUGGGACAAGUCAUCCCAAUAUAUGGAUUCGGGAUCCUUUUAUACAUCCUAUACAUUCUUUUUAAGCUUUCUUCAAAGGGGAUGAUCUCAACAGUUGAGCAUAAAUGUCCUCCUUCAGCACCUGGAAAUAAAAACCGGAAGAUUACUGACUAUGAACUUGCUCAACUUCAAGAUAAACUGAGAGAGACCGAAGAAGCCAUGGAAAAAUUAAUCAACAGAGUGGGACCCAACUGUGAAAGCAGGUCCCAAAAUGUCACAACUGAUCAGGAGAAAAGGCUUCUUCAACAACUCCGAGAAAUUACUAAAGUCAUGAAAGAAGGCAAACUCAUUGACAUCAUCUCCCCAGAGAAAGAAGCAGAAGAGGCUCCUUAUAUGCAAGACUGGGAAGUGAACAAGGGCUCUGCAGCAGGAUCUGAGAACCAGCAGACCACAUUCAGUGCUCAGAGUGGGACUGGCCAUAACUUUGAGGAGUGCUACUGUUGCCAUUAUGAAGAGGAUGAUCCUGCUGUUCUGGCAGAAAAUUCAGGAUUCUUCUCUGAUAGCUGCAGUGAAACAGAAGAGCUAGUCAAAGGGGAGCUGCUGAUGGACUGUGAUUAUGAAAAUAUGGUAUUCACAGAGCAAAAGGAUGGAGAUCCUGAUGAAAUUGGUAUCCUAAGAAAGCAAACAAAAGGCACUGAGUUGCUAGGACACUGAGGAUUGUGCACAAUCAUGUCACUGUUACAGACUGUGAUCUUUGCUUUUAGGACAAAGCUUAUCUUCUCUGUUGUGUGCCCAGUUGAAAUCCUGCAAUGGUAUUAAUUCUCCCUUGCUAUAGCCUCCAAAGAUUUUGAAAACAAGAUCAUUUUACAUAGUUUUUCUAUGCGCUUUCCUUCAGCUUUUGUCUUCAAGGGUAUAGCUUAAGUUUACUGCAUUCCCUAGCCCUGUAAAAAGUGCAAAAAGCAAUCCAAGAAUGGGAAUGUUCUAAUUUUUCUCACUAUAUUUAUGUAUUAAGAACAAAACUAGUCCUACAUAGGCUGAUGUGGUUCACUUUUAGUAGCAUAUAUGAGCAGCAAAUGAUCAAUACAUUUAAUCAUUAUAAGAAGUACAGUUUAGAUAGAUCUCCUUCCUUUUGCUAAGAAACACAAGCCUUUCAUAUCUUAAAAUGAAGCUAUUACAGCAUGCAAAAGAUAUUUUAUAGGCCUGUGAGAAUAUUCAGUUGAUGUAGUGGUUUGAUUCAAAUUUCCAAGCUGAAUCUCUGAAGGGAUGUGAAAUACCAAACUGAAUUGGAUGUUAAGCCUGUCCAGUGGGUUGGAUUUGAUUAAGAAGAGAUUUGUUGGAUCACACAAGAGUGCAACACCUGCCUGUGACUCAUUAAAACUGCCUUAUUUCUAUAGGACCAUGCAGCUGCUGCAGAGAGGCUUGCACUGCAGUCAUGCAAUCCUGGGAACAGACGUGAAUGCUUCCUAAAUGAGUUUGCAAACAGAUGCUGAGCUUGCAUUCAGGCUCCUGGGAAUUCAAAAGCACCACUUGUGAAUCAAAUCUGAAGCAUUGCACGUCUAUAUUAGACACUUCUGAAUCAAUCUGAAAAGAAGUCCUAAUUUGGAGAUUUGAUAAGCUUUUGUGCAUGUGCACAUUUUUUCCCUAAUAGAAGUGAAAGUCUAAAUUGAUCUAUUUCCCCAAUCAGUUCACAAAUCUAAGUAGAAUAGAAAAAAAUGUGAUUUUUUUUCAAAGGUUCCAAAAUUUGAAUCAGCUUGAGGUUGAUUUGCACAUUCCUAGUACUUUAGUGUCACCCCAUCCAGGAAAAUACCAGCUGCUCAUCUUGCCUGGUAGCCAGAAUUCCUCAUAAUUGAUUGGUUGCUUCAGUCAUCCCCAGCUGGGACCUUCAAGAUAUAUUAGGUUGCAAUUUCCAUUGUUUCCUGGCAGUUUGAUGAAUUGCCAUUGGAGGGAAGUGACAGGGAUUUUUCCCCAUGCAGUGACACAGAUUGGGGAAAUCUAAGUAUCUUUUUCUCUGUCUAAUUAAGAAAGACCAGGUAGUGUCAUUUUUUGCAAAGAUUGCUAAUACAUAUUUUUUUAAAGGAAACAAGCAAUCUCUCUCAUCUCAGUGAUAGCUCAUUGUUUGCUAUCUUGAUUUUACACUGAUGGCUUCUAUCACAUCUUGUCAAAUUACACUUCAGCCUGGGUGUGUUUGGAUAGAAUCUAGAUGAAAUGAAGUCAGAACUAAAGUUUUGCAAGAAGCUGAUACAGAACCUGUCUUAGCAGCAUAGUGAAAAUCUUAAGAAACAAGGGGAUUGCAUGUGAUAUUCAGGAUAAAACUAGAUGAUGGACAAACCAAGUAUCAUUGUAUCCCAUUUCUGCAUAUUUGCAAACCAAUGGUAGCUUGAUCUACACUGGAAUAUUUUUUUGCUUAAUAAGAUGAUUUCCAUACUAGUGACUUAUAACAUCUGCACAGCAUCAUUCAACUACCACUGAAAUGAUAUAUAAAGCCUGCCCACAUUACUGCUAUUCUGGCACAACAAUGGUUGGAUGAACCUAGAAGAUGCUAUAAAUUACUAUGCAGAAAUGUCCUAUAUGUUAAAAUUGUCUGUAAAUUAUCAUUAUCUAGUAUGUAAAUGUAUUCUUUUAUGCAAGUUUGCCUUCAAAGGAAUACACAAGUACAAAGAAGGGUCUUACUAAGUCUGCUUUGUCCAGCACAAUCACGUCUCUUUGUUUCAAGUAAGGAUGGGGAAGACUGAGCCAAGCAAUAUUAGGCAUAUGUACUGA